AUGUCGACCCGCUACGAAAGUGAAGCUGCCAGCCCGGAGCCACUGGCUCAGCCCCUCAAGUUUCCGUUUUCCAACAAGACGGCCAAGAAUAGAUUUUUAAAGAGCGCCAUGGCCGAAAAUCUCGCAACUUGGAGUAGCAACGAGCUGUCAAAACGUGGUAUUCCUACUCCCGAAAUCGUCGAGAUCUACCGCCGCUGGGGUGAGGGUCCGAACAACUUUGGUGUUGUCAUUACAGGAAAUAUCGACAUCGAGUUUGACCACAUGAGCGGCCUCGGCGACAUGGUCAUCACGCCCGAAUGCGAACCCGAGGGAGAGCGUUUCGAAGGCUUCAAAGCCGUUGCUGCAGCUGGCAAGGCAGAUGGCAGUCUGCUGCUGGGACAAGUCACACAUGCCGGCCGACAAACGCAGAAGAAGAUUCAGCCUAAUCCUAUCUCGGCCUCUGCUGUACCGCUCGCAGAGCCAAAGCUGGGCAUGGAGUUUGGCAAGCCGCGCGAAGCAACCAAGGAGGACAUCAAUCGCGUCAUUGAGGGUUUCGCCCACGCAGCAGAGUAUCUCGAAAAGGCUGGCUUCGACGGCAUCCAGCUGCACGCGGCUCACGGCUACCUUAUUGCGCAGUUCCUGUCGCGCACUACAAACCACCGAACUGACGAGUACGGCGUGCAGACGCUUGAGAACCGCACUCGCCUCAUUGCCGACAUUGCCAGGGCCGUCCGCGCUCGCACAUCCCCUGAUUUCAUACUCGCUGCGAAGCUCAACAGCGUCGAAUUCCAGGAAGGCGGCGUCACCCCCGAUGAAGCGCGCGAGCUAUGCGAGUCUCUGUCGCACCUGGGUUUUGAUUUUCUCGAAAUUUCCGGCGGCACUUACGAGGCGCUCGGCUUGACCUGGGAUAAGGAGUCUACGCGCAAGCGGGAGGGCUUCUUCCUGGAGUUCGCCGAGACGGUGGUCACUGGACUCGGCGAUCGCGAUUCGCGUAAAACAAAGGCCUACAUCGUAGGAGGCAUGCGAACUGUGGGGGCGAUGGUGAAGGCGCUCGACAUCGUCGAUGGCGUAGCUCUGGGUCGACCCGGUGCUCAAGAGUUCCGCAUCGCGUCGGACAUUCUAGGGGGCCGCGUGACGGGAGCCAUUCGCCCGGUCCAGAUGAUGGAGGAUGACUUUGGGUUCGGAAUGACGGCGGCUGUCACUCACAUUCGUCAGGUUGGCAAGGGACAUGAGCCCUUUGAUUCGAGCGAUCUGGCGUCAGUCAAGACUUUUGCCGAGGAUAUGCAGGCCUGGUUCCAGAAGGUUAUUGCUGACGGUGACAAGCUUGAACACCAUGGCGGAGCUGACUUCACUGGAAAGACGCUGCCUUACGGAACAAUUGCGGCGGCUUGA